AUGGAUGUAUCGAAUACGCAGCAACACCAAGUAGCUGAAGACGGUAGAGUUUUGGCAUCUUCUCAUACAAUCUCAAGCACGCUCAUGAAGAGACUAUCAAGCCAUUCUAGCCACAAACCAUCACGAUCUGACCUGCAAGCAUUCGGUAGCUCGGAAACAAUAGACGACAGUUCCUGCCAGCGGAUCUUUAAGAACCGAUACGUUUUCAAUGAAUCGCUGUAUCUGAAGAAGCUAAAAAAGACCGCUUUGGAUGACUAUUAUACGAGAGGCAUAAUGCCCACUACCCGUUACGAGGAAGACGGUGGUGAUGAUGAAUUUAUUCGGCUGCCGAACGGUGACAGGAUUGACGAAGAUUUGGACUCAGGUGUCAGCUUUUUUUCCGCUACGUCUUAUUGCAGGAAAAUGAGGUUGGAUGGUGAAGAACUAGCUCAAGACGAAACUGUGAUUGAACGGUUUAAAUGGCAGUCGAUGCUGGCCAGAGUGUUAAAGGGGGAUAUUGUUAAGAGCGAAAAGACUAGGAUUGCUAACCAAGUCAAGAAACCAGGGUUGAAUACGGAGCUCUCAGAUGAGAUAUGGCUCGAAUUGAAAGCAUGGCUCAACGGGAAGACCGGGCAAGAGAUGGAACAGUCACUAACAUAUCUAAGAGGCAAUUCAGAUUCUCUAUUUGAAGAGAUAAUGGAAUUUCGUAUCCCGCAAGGCAAGACGUUAAGCCUAGAUGCACUGGCAGCCAUCUUACAAGACCUCAUGAACAGGUACCACAGCGUUGUCUCGUAUUGGCCUAACUUGAAUAAAAUGCAUAGGGACAAGCCAGUUACUAAAACUGCAGAAUUCACCGCUAGAACAGACGUAAUGAAUUCAUGGCUGAAUUUUAAAACGAACUUAACUUUGAAGAGGAAAGAAUUGGACGACUGGAUAAACCGUUUCUCACCGACAAGUAGCCCUGAUAACUUCCAAGAGGAUUUCAAUGGUGUACCAGAAUGGAAUUAUAAACUGAAGAGUCUGGCAGAACAAUUGGUGAAGGAGAAGAACAUCGAAUCUAUAUUCCAAAAAAAAAUCUUCUAUCCGUUAUCGCCUUGGAUGUUCAAGCUGAAACUGCAUUUUAUAGUAUACGGAGAAACAUUGAAAAAAAUGAAUAUGAUGUAUCCUUAUGAAAGAUUGAAAUCCCUAUUGACAUUCCCCGGUUACUUGAUUAAAGAAGUUAUUCUGACUAGAUUGUCAUAUGCACAAAAGCUCAAAAAUCCGACAAUGAUGAUGAUCGAUCAGAUGGUCGAUGAUUUCAACACUUUUAUUCGACUUUCUGUCCAACUGAAAUAUACAUUGACUCAAUAUUGCUCUAACUUGCCCUUUGAUGUGGAUUUUGACCCGACGUUCGAAAACACUGUUAUAGAAGCCAUUCGGUAUUUAUUUUUUCUACUGAAUUUGAAAUUAGUUGACUCCAGUAUACAAAACUUUAAAGCACCUGAUUUACUCUUGAAAUAUUGGGAACAAUUGAAGAACAUCGGCCACUACAUUAACGGUGCAGAAGCUGUGAUUCCAAAUGAGUUUCUAAAGUUGACCUUGAGGUUGGUACAUAAAUUGCAAUUUUACCUUUCGGAACAGCAAAACUCUCCGCCAACAUUUAUUGAUGCUUCAGAAGCAGAGAAAUGGCUAAGUUCCAUUUUCGAAAAUUUGGGUGCCAUGAAAAGAAAAUUAAACAGGUUCAGUAAUAUUCUGACGAAGGCAUUUCAAAAUUCUGCUGUUUAUCACAUUAACCAUAAUCUACGACUUGUGAAAAAAUUGAAAGAUGCUGGCUAUUUUUUAGUAUAUCCCGGUGAUAAUUUGGAGUCUGAUGGUGUCUAUCUGUUGGCUGCUCCUGAAUUAUUAGGUUGUGGCAACGACACGAUCUUGAGAAUUUUGAAAAAUAAAUCCAUUGGCUGUGAUUUGAUCCCCAAACUUGAUAUUGGUAAUAAUUUGAAUAUGUAUGAUGUAACUACACAGGAGGCAGGUUCAAACAUUCUAGUAUCAAAGGAGGAGGAUCCCAAAGGAAUUCCUUACUACCGAGUAGUAGCAAAUUCGUCAAAUGAUUUGGAUAGGCGUGUUCAUCAGUCCAAAAGAGAGAAAUCUUCAACAGCCCCUUAUGAUCAGCGCCUUGAUGAGGAGAACAGUGAAGUUCUUGAAUUGGAGCUCGCUUUGAGCUCGUUGGGUGUGCUAGUUGUAUUAUUUCCUGGAGAGCCAGUAGUUUGGGAGGGACCGGUAUAUAAGCUUUCUGAUGACGGUAUUUUUACUUCUAACGAAAUCAAUUUGAAAAAAAUCGGUAAUCCAAAUACCUUGGUUUUACUCAAUCAAGGUUCUAAUUAUGCACUGACUUAUCAAGUCGACAAGUUCAACCAAACCGUAGGUGAUUCCGUCUCAGUCAUAGAGAAACGCUGCUCACUCAAUUCAAUCGAAUCCUCUUUACAAAGAAUCAAUAAAGCAUACUACAAACUUGCUUAUACAGUUUUGAAUAACUACAAGGGAAUUUUAGGUAGCUUUAUGAAGCAAUGUCCGGGGAGUGAGUUAUUAAAUUCGAUAUUUAUGUUUGGAAGGGAUUUUGGAAGAAGUUUCCUUAAAUAUAAUGUCUUUAGCUCAAAGAGGAAAUAUGUUAUUAUCCUGCUAAUGGUUAAAUUAAGUAUGAAUUGGCUGAAAUUCCUCGUUGAAGAUUGUGACCCUACUGAUCAGCGAACUUUUAGAUGGUGCGUUCUAGCAAUGGAGUUUGCCAUGCAAAUGACUAGUGGUUAUAAUAUUUUGGCAUUGGAUGAGAAGCAAUUUCAGGAACUGAAGGAAAGAAUAUCUGUAUGUAUGUCUUUACUAAUCUCACAUUUCGAUGUCAUGGGUGCACGAGCUACUGAAGCUGAAAAAGGUAUACAACAGGCAAGGUUGAAUAUUGAUAUUGAAGAGAAUAUUGAUGAAGAGGCCACUUUAGAAAUAAACAGUAGACUGAGACUGGAAGCUAUCAAGGGUUUGGAAAAGACUACGAAGAAGAAUCCCAGGCAAAUGGGAAAGGUAUUGGAUGCUACAGAUCAAGGAAACAAAUAUUUACUAUCACUAGCAUCUUCGCUAUCGAAUGUCUCAAUGAGGUGGCAAAAAAGAAGCUUCAUUGGUGGUGGUACAUUUGGGCAGGUAUACUCAGCAAUUAAUUUGGAGAACGGUGAAAUUUUAGCCGUUAAGGAAAUAAAGAUACAUGAUACCACAACAAUGAAGAAGAUUUUUCCCCUGAUUAAAGAAGAGAUGACUGUACUAGAAAUGUUAAACCAUCCUAAUAUUGUUCAGUACUAUGGUGUCGAAGUUCAUCGUGAUAAAGUUAACAUCUUCAUGGAAUACUGUGAGGGUGGCUCUUUGGCCUGCUUAUUGGACCAUGGAAGGAUUGAAGAUGAAAUGGUCACUCAAGUAUACACGUUCGAACUAUUAGAAGGUCUGGCGUAUUUGCACCAAUCUGGCGUGGUUCAUCGCGAUAUUAAACCGGAAAAUAUCUUACUAGAUUUCAAUGGGGUCAUAAAAUACGUGGAUUUUGGUACGGCACGUACUGUUGUAGAGUCAAGUACUAGAACCCUGCAGAAUGCAGCCAUUCAAGAUUUUGAAGCCGAAACAAAUUCCAUCAACGACAUGAUGGGGACGCCGAUGUAUAUGGCCCCAGAGGCUAUUUCAGGCUCUGUAGUUAAGGGCAAACUUGGCGCAGACGACGUAUGGGCAUUGGGAUGUGUUGUGCUGGAAAUGGCCACAGGGAGACGACCCUGGUCCAAUCUGGAUAAUGAAUGGGCCAUCAUGUACCACGUUGCUGCAGGCUGUAUACCUCAACUACCCAAUCGGGACGAAAUGACAGCAGCGGGAAGAGCCUUUUUAGAAAGGUGUUUAGUUCAAGAUCCCACUAGGAGGGCUACUGCAAUGGAACUACUAACAGACCCUUGGAUGAUGCAAAUUCGUGAAAUAGCAUUUGGCAACUCAGAAAAAGAUCAAAUACCCACCCUAGGCUCAUAG